GUUUCCUUUUGUAAAUUGCUCUAUAAUAACUUUGAAUACACAAAUAUAAACACGUGUGUAUGAAACGACAUAAACCUAAUCAAAUCGAAAGUAGGCUUGUUAACUCCAAUGUCACCGUGUACCUUUGUUACUAUGAAUGUAUUUACAUGUUCUUCCUACAUCGUGUUUUUACAUAGUGAAAGCUUUCGUGACAUUGUGUAUACAAUAAGGAAAAACUUGAAAAGGAAAAAUACAUGUGAUCGAUGCAGUUUAACACGAGGCUUGGUAACAUAACAUUCAUGUGACGUCAAUAAUUCCAGCCAUUUACUUUAACUUUAUAAACUGCUACUUGGGGUGUUGAUCGUGAAAAGAAUAAGGAAUAUUGAAGACAGCCUCAUGCUACAAUGGGAACAGUGGAGGUUCAAAAUGAGGCUGGUGACAACUCUAUGUUGGUUAAAGGCCUUUGUUUUUGUGGCGCUGGUUUAUCUUCCAUAAUCGAAAGAACCCUUUCUGCGAUUGAUAAUAUCACACAUGCAAUAUGGGUCAUGCUAUCGGGAGCAACAUACAUUGUUACUGGAAUUGUGGAUUUUACAAUUCGUGCACCAGUUAAAAUAAUAGUAUGGCUUUUAUUUGCAAUUCAGACUAUUUUAGAAACUAUAAUCUAUGUAUUUCUUGAUUUGUUUUUAUACGGCUUUUCCGAGAUCUUGAUAUGUACGAUCAGUUCCAUAACAAAUGCCAUCAAUGUUAUUAUCCGGACUCCUUUUUAUGUCCUCAAUUGUACUGUCUCCUGUUUGUUCUCGAUUGUUAUUAAUUACGCCAGGGCAAUUGACUUCAUUGUAUUUAAAAUAGUCUUUCCUGUAGGGGACGUUAUUUACUGGUAUGCCGCUUUUGUGCUUACUGUAGUCGGUAUUUUUCAUGUAACUAUGGAGUGUACUAAACUAACUAAAAGCGAAAUUAAAACACUUUGGCAUCAGCAUGGAUACAAAUUCCUAAUCAUGGCUCCACUUUUAUAUGCCGCAUUAGACAUAUGGCGCAUUGUGCUUUCACUUAUCUUAAUAUAUGCACUUCAUCCUGCAGUGUAUAUGUUCAUAUUUUUGUGUGUAAGUUUAGGCAUCGUUGCACUCGCUCAGUUAUUGCAUGAAAGCGUCCGGCAGCCGGUACGCAAUCGGUACGAACAAGCAAUGCGUUCCAUUAACGGACUUUUGUAUCUUACGAGGGCAAGAUCAAGAUUAACACGGUUGUGGCUUCAGCGAAAUUGCAAUGCCCUGGAACUAUUUUGGAGACGGAAUUUUCAAGAACGUGCUCAACAAAAUGAUACUCCUCAAGUUCGACUGCAGACAAAUUUGAUUGACGCCGAGAUAGCAAACGAGUGUGUAAUAUGCUUCGAAAGGAAGUCUUUCAUCACAAUCUUACCCUGCAUGCAUAGUAACAUUUGUCAGACUUGUGUUUCGCAGCUUCUUCAGAAUGACUACCGGUGUCCUUUGUGUAGGGGAACUAUAAUGUUCAUUCGUUCAUAGAUCUCAUUUGACCUUUUACGGUUUCUUAUGUUGAUGCUAUGCAUACAUGUAGUUCGUGCCAUGUUAUUAUUAUUUGUAUGAAUGUUUGAAUAUUAACUUUCUGCUGCCAUAUAUUUCAGAGUUACGUUUGACAUAUUUUUUUAUUUGCCCUUUACUCUCUACAGCUGACCACUUCUGUGUUGCUUAACUAAAUAUUCACCCGGAUGUGGUACCGGGGCCUUCUCUAUAUUACAAGAAUAGAUGCAGCUGUUUCUUUAAUAAUAAUAUUUUUUUUUACAAAAUACUAGUAUGCACAAGCAUUUAACGAUUGAGUCGAUAUAAUAUUGUGCUCAAAUCAAAGAACGAUUUAGUCGAUGACAGAUGUAUGGAGUUGUGGAUGAAUGAAUGGGUGGAUGAUGGGUAGGUGUGUUAAUUUUUGGUUGGUGGGUGGACGGGUGGAUGAGUGGGUUGGUGGGUGGACGGAUGGAUGGAUGGGAGGGUGAGUGGUUGGACUGGUGGGUUGAUGGAUGGAUAAUUGGAUGGAUCGAUUAACUGAUGGAUGGUGGUUGGUGCAUUAUUUUUUGGUCGAUGGGUGGACGGAUGGAUGAGUGGAUGAGUUGGUCGGUGGUUUGACGGAUUGAUGGAUAUGUGGGUCGGUGGGUGGACGGAUGGAUGGGUUGGUGGGUCGGUGGUUGGAAGGAUGGAUAGGUGGGUGGGUCGGUGGUUGGACUGAUGGAUGGGAGGGUAGGUGGUUGGAUUGAUUGAUUGAUGGCAGGGUCAGUGGUUGGACUGAUGGAUGGAUGGGAGGGUCAGUGGUUGGAUUUAUGGAUGUAUGGAAGGGUCAGUGGUUGGACUGAUGGAUGGAUGGGAGGGUCAGUGGUUGGACUGAUGAAUGGAUGAGAGGGUCAGUGGUUGGACUGAUGGAAUGAUGGGAGGGUCAGUGGUUUGACUGAUGGAUUGAUGGGAGGGUCAGUGGUUGGGCUGAUGGAUUGAUGGGAGGGUCAGUGGUUGGACUGAUGGAUUGAAUGGAGGGUCUGUGGUUGGGCUGAUGGAUGGAUGGGAGGGUCAGUGGUUGGACUGAUGGAUGGAUGGGAGGGUCAGUGGUUGGACUGAUGGAUGGGAGGAUCAGUGGUUGGAAUGAUGGAUUGAUGGGAAGGUCAGUGGUUGGACUGAUGGAUGGGAGGGUCAGUGGUUGGACUGAUGGAUGGAUGGAAGGGUCAGUGGUUGGACUAAUGGAUGGAUGGGAGGGUCAGUGGUUGGGCUGAUGGAUGGUUGGGAGGGUCAGUGGUUGGACUGAUGGAUGGAUGGGAGGGUCAGUGGUUGGAAUGAUGGAUGGAUGGUUGGUUGGGUCGUUGGGUGGACGGAUGGAUUGAUGGAUGGAUUAAUGGGUGGGUUGUGGGCGGAUGAAUUGUGCUAAUUAUUGACUUUUUCUACCUUAAACGAAUAGAAAUAUUUAAAGAUUGCUACACCGUUAAUUGAAAUAGAUUUGCUUUCCUUCUGUAGAUUAUUAGUUUUCCUAGGUAGUAUUCUUUCUAAAUCAAGUUAGUCAAUAUUUCAUUUGCCGAUAUACAGGUCCACACGUUUUGUUUAAAUUUGGAUGUUUUGUUUAUGGCCCUUGAUUAAUCAUAAAUCAAUCUUUUUAUGUGCUCACUCCUUUUAAAAAGGUUGUGAUCCUAAUCACAAGAUGGAUUAAAUCUGAUACAUUUUUAA